GUCUCGUGGGCCGGUCCCCAGCGGCUCCCUCCCCCGGACAGCUGCUGCCGCCCGAGGGAGGAAGCGGCGCGGGAGCUGUCCAGCCUCCCGGUGCUGAAACCCCGGAGGGCUCGCUUUGCACCGCUACCAUGUAAGGGCCAUGACAAGGGCUCGUCCUGGCGCAGCGCGGACAUGGAGGAGGACUUAUUCCAGCUAAGGCAGCUGCCGGUGGUGAAAUUCCGUCGCACAGGCGAGAGUGCAAGGUCAGAGGACGACACGGCUUCAGGAGAGCAUGAGGUCCAGAUCGAAGGGGUCCGCACAGGCCUAGAGGCUGUUGAACUGGACGAUGGGGCAGCUGUGCCCAAGGAGUUUGCCAAUCCCACCGACGAUACUUUCAUGGUGGAAGAUGCGGUGGAAGCCAUUGGGUUUGGAAAAUUUCAGUGGAAGCUGUCUGUUCUCACUGGCUUGGCUUGGAUGGCCGAUGCCAUGGAGAUGAUGAUCCUGAGCAUCCUGGCACCGCAGCUGCACUGCGAGUGGCGGCUCCCCAGCUGGCAGGUGGCGUUGCUGACCUCGGUGGUCUUUGUAGGCAUGAUGUCCAGCUCCACGCUCUGGGGAAACAUCUCAGACCAGUACGGCAGGAAAACAGGGCUGAAGAUCAGCGUGCUCUGGACUCUGUACUACGGCAUCCUUAGCGCUUUUGCGCCUGUGUAUAGCUGGAUCCUGGUGCUCCGCGGCCUGGUGGGCUUCGGGAUUGGAGGAGUGCCCCAGUCGGUGACUCUGUAUGCCGAGUUCCUUCCCAUGAAAGCCCGAGCUAAAUGUAUUCUGCUGAUUGAGGUCUUCUGGGCCAUCGGGACGGUGUUCGAGGUCAUCCUGGCUGUGUUCGUGAUGCCCAGCCUGGGCUGGCGUUGGCUGCUCAUUCUCUCAGCGGUCCCACUCCUCCUCUUCGCUGUGCUGUGUUUCUGGCUGCCAGAGAGUGCGAGGUACGAUGUGUUGUCUGGGAACCAGGAAAAGGCAAUCGCCACGUUAAAGAGAAUCGCGACAGAAAACGGAGCUCCCAUGCCGCUGGGGAAACUCAUCAUCUCUAGACAGGAAGACCGAGGCAAAAUGAGGGACCUUUUCACGCCCCACUUUCGAUGGACAACUCUGUUGCUGUGGUUUAUAUGGUUUUCCAACGCGUUUUCUUACUACGGGUUGGUCCUGCUCACCACGGAACUCUUCCAGGCGGGGGAUGUCUGCAGCAUCUCCAGUCGGAAGAAGGCAGUAGAGGCCAAAUGCAGCCUGGCCUGUGAGUACCUGAGCGAGGAGGACUACAUGGACUUGCUGUGGACCACCCUCUCCGAAUUCCCAGGCGUCCUCGUGACUCUGUGGAUCAUUGACCGCCUGGGCCGCAAGAAGACCAUGGCUCUGUGUUUCGUUGUCUUCUCCUUCUGCAGCCUCCUGCUGUUUAUCUGUGUUGGAAGAAAUGUGCUCACUCUGUUACUCUUCAUUGCAAGAGCGUUUAUUUCUGGAGGCUUCCAAGCAGCCUAUGUUUACACACCUGAGGUCUACCCCACGGCGACCCGGGCGCUGGGCCUGGGCACCUGCAGUGGCAUGGCAAGAGUCGGUGCUCUCAUCACGCCGUUCAUUGCCCAGGUGAUGCUGGAAUCCUCCGUGUACCUGACGCUGGCGGUUUACAGUGGCUGCUGCCUCCUGGCCGCCCUGGCCUCCUGCUUUUUGCCCAUUGAGACCAAAGGCCGAGGACUGCAGGAGUCCAGCCACCGGGAGUGGGGCCAGGAGAUGGUCGGUCGAGGGGCGCACGGUCCAGGCGUCCCCAGGUCGAACUCUGGCUCUCAAGAAUAGUGACCAAUGGGGGGCUGAAGUGGUCUUUGAGGCUGCAGAGCUUGGGGGAGCUGGCGGAGCCCAGCUAGGGCACCGAUCGUCACUGCCGACAUCAAGAACUCACCCAAGAGGACCACCUGGACCGACAGGGUUUUGUGUCUUGA